AUGCAUCCGUCUAUCCGCCUCUGCGCAUCAGCGGCGCCCCGCCAGCCUCUCAUUCACUUCACGGGAAAGCGACAAUGGAAAUCCCAGCCGCCGCGCCCACACCCGCUGGCAGUGCCAGACCUGAAGUCAGCUUUCACGGACUCGCUCAGGAAGGCGCAGGCAUCCGUAUCUGAGUCGUCCACUGUUGGCGAUAGGGGAAGCUCAAGUGCGAGCACGCCGCCAUCGCAGACGAAAGGCGAGAACGCGCAUGUGUACAAGAACUUCUGGGAGGCACCGGAGCAGUAUUGGAAGCAUGAUCUGGAGGAGUGGGAGGUCGACCUCAUUGCGACCGGAGGCGCAUCGCAAUUCGCCUGA